AGCAUGAGGUUCACUUCUGUUUCAGAUUGAAAAGGUUUUUGAUGUACAUAACAACUCAAUGACAAGAGGUAUAGAGUCAACAGUUUGUUUUAUAAGUGGAAAACUGAAACCAAACAGAGUCAACAGUGACAGUUUCAUUGCAUUCAAAAUCAUUCUUUAGUCUUUUCAACUUUUCAGACACACUCACUCACGUUUUACUAUUUUCCCAUGCUUCAUUCAAUUGCUAAUAACUCAACAACUAACUACACUAAUUUCUUGAAAGGUCCUGUUUUUAUUCUUCAAUCUCAUUACCCUUGUGUUUCUGUCUUCAAUGCAACCUUUUCUUUGUUUCUCUGUCUUCACAAGUUAAAACCUUUAACCCACACCACUCCUGUUUUGCUUUUUUCACCUUUCUUCAGAUUCUUUAUCUAUAAAUUCUGCUCAGGAAAUUAAUAACCUUGUCUGAGGUUUUUCGGGAACCACAUAUUCUUCCUUGUUAUUUUUCUCCUUUAAAAGUUUCAAUCCAACCCAUUCUUUUGAAGCAUAACAAAAACACUAGAAACGGUCACUUUCUGGGUGAAGCAAAUAUGAAUGAAUAUUGGAAGAGAAGUGGUGGAAUACCAGCUUUUGGGAACUGGGAUUUCUCAAACGAGUUGCCGAUAAGUCAAUACUUUGAAAAUGCAAGACAAGCUGGUUAUGGUGAGACUGAGAGUGAUCGAUACGUGCGUGGAGAACACGAUCUUUACGCUGUUGAUUGUAAGAAAAGAGUUCAAAAGGCAGCGAGAAUCAGGGAGAACAGUAAAGAAACAAGAAUGAGAAAACAUGGGAAAGUGUACCAUGUAACGGAACAUCCAAAAGCAGUUGAUGAAGAUCUCUACAAGAUUUCUCCUCAACUUCUUCCCACUACCAAACGGAAAAAGAUGUUGGGUUUCAUUUUCAAGUGUCUGAUGCCUACUGCCUGCGUUUCAUGAGGGACAGUGUCUCAAACACAACAACAAGGAUGUUUUUUUAUUUAUUUUUGUUAGUAGUAACGAUGCUGGCUAUGUUGUGCUGGUUUUGUUUUGCACUUAAUGUUUGAAUGGCUUUUUUGUAUGAUUGAGAAUGAAUGAAAAGAUACAGCAGUUAUUGCUCUCUUAAGUUUAA